AUCAACAGAAGAAAUCUGGACGGAUAUUUGCGAUUUUUAAGUGUAAUCAGAAGCUUGAAGAAUGGCAACUGUAAAAGCAGUGAUGGGGAAUUUGACGGUGGCAGAACGACAAGUACUCACGGCAGUGAACAGCGGAGCAUCAAGUCUCUCAUUCGUCGGUUCAGGAUUUAUAGUACUCUGUUAUUUGCUUUUCAAAGAGCUUCGCAAGUUCUCCUUCAAACUUGUCUUCUACCUCGCUUUAUCUGACAUGUGCUGCAGUUUCUUCAGCAUAAUUGGGGAUCCUUCCAAAGGGUUCUUCUGUUAUGCUCAGGGAUAUACAACACAUUUCUUCUGCCUAGCGUCUUUUUUGUGGACAACAACAAUUGCCUUUACUCUUCACCGAACAGUUGUUAGACAUAAGACGGAUGUUGAAGAUUUGGAGCCAAUGUUUCAUUUAUAUGUUUGGGGAACUUCAGGAGUAAUGACAGUUAUAAGAUCAAUUGCCAAUAAUCAUGAACAUCUAAGUCGGCUGGGCACUUGGUGUUGGGCACAAACAGGACACACAGGAAAGGUGGUACACUUCAUAACGUUUUAUGCACCUCUUUGGGGUGCCAUUCUUUUUAACGGUGUCACCUAUUUUCAAGUGAUACGGAUGCUAAACAAUGCAACUCGUAUGGCAGUGGGCAUGUCAGAGAGGUCAUACCAACCAGAUCCGCGGUCAGACAUGAAGGCACUAAAUCGUUGGGGUUACUAUCCCCUUAUUCUUAUUGGAUCAUGGUUUUUCGGUACAAUCAACCGUAUACAUGACGUUAUUGAACCAGGUCAUAAGAUCUUUUGGCUUUCUGUUCUUGAUGUUGGAAUGGCACAGCUCAUGGGUCUCUUCAACUCAAUAGCAUACGGCCUUAACAGCUCAGUCCGUAGAGCAAUUUACGAGAGAUUGGAUCUGUUACCUGAAUGGUCUCAAAGAUGGCUUCCAAAGAGCUCAAAGUCAAGAGGCCAACAGCAAGACAGUGAAUUAGUCUCUCUAAAGAUUGAAGAUCAGCAAUAACAAUUUUGUGCUUGUACAUUCAUCUCAAUGAUUCUGCCGCCUUUUCAUAAUUGGACCAGAUUGACAAUUGAUAACUGCAUUGUGACAGACAGGGAUGCUCUUCAUUGCUUCAGCCCGGGUUUUGUGCUCACAUACUUUGAUUGAUCCUCCUCUGCACCAUAUGCUAAUUGCUUGUUGCUCCUUUUUGAUUGCUCGAGCGUACUAAUGUACCAACUUUGUUAUUGAUACCGAAGGAUGUUAGCGUGAUCAAUAGAAUACAUAUGAUCUGAUAUUGGCUGAUGCUAAGCCUUCAAGUAUAGGCAAGGCAUAAUAUUUGCUUAGUGAUGUAUCGAAGGAGAGAACAUUUGUUACUGAUUUAUUUGUUGUGUUGAUUCGAUUUACUACAGUUAUUGGCUCUUGCUACUUAUAUUCACUCUCGCUGCAUAGCCUUUCCUUUCCAGCUUGUUUGGAUGUAUAAUAUAAUGUUUGUUUUGAUUGU